ACCUGACAAAUAUCAGCAGCGUUGCGUGAAUCCUGAUCCGGCCGGAGAGCAGCUGGUGGCGGGGCUCCGCUCCAGGUUUUGGGGCGGACCGUGUGCGGCCCAGCUGAGGUGAUGGCAGGGCUUGUUUACUGGCGGAGCUUCGCAGAAAAAGAGAAGGAAAGAGGGGAACCUGACCGAGAGGAGGCAUUACACGGAACGGGAAUCCAAGUUUUUAAACACUUUGACCCGUGUUUUUUAUUGUAAUUAUUAAGUCUUUCGUGCUGACGUCAUCGUUUGGGGCUCUGGAAGAAGCCGCGCUCGCUUUGUGUUUUUCCUUCAGUUUCAAAGCUUGUUAUCGCUGGAUUGUUUUGCAUGAAGCUAGCUAACGUUAGCUGUUUUCCUCGUCGGAUGCCCAGAGAGAAAGAGAAGGGCGGCGUGGCGGAGACUUUCUCACUUCAUAUAGCAGAGUGCGGGUUCAAUUCCGCUCAUCAUUUCGCCUUUUUUUUUUUAUUCUGUAAUUUUAUUUAUUUUUUUUCCACGACAAACGAGCAGCAUUCGCCCCUCAAGUUUUCCCCCUUAGUUUUGUCUGGGCUGCGGGGUUGAAGGAGUUCAGAGGAAGGUCGUAGCGGGGAAAGCUGCUUCCUGGGAUGUGCUCUUAAAAAACGGACAGACCUGUGGACUCCAAAAAAGUGCUCCGCUUUUCAUCGGGACGCUGUCGAAAACAACACAAGGGGCGACCUGUUUUAUUUUUAAUUUCAGAAAAACUGCGUUAAGUGGCUCUUUGAUCGGUGGAUCUCUGCGUGCUUGUGUGGGAUAUCCAUCACAUUAUACUUCUCUUCACCGGAGCACGAAAACCAAACAGAUGAGCCUGGACUGUCGUAUUCACAUAUGGAAAAUGAAGAUUUUUAUUCGCACAUGUGCUGCCAGAACCCAGGAUCACGUUAUUUAGUGGUCUGUGUUUUUUCCAGGGCUCAAAUACACCCAAAACUUGCCUGGGAAAGAUAUUCUUAAAAUUGUAUCCCCCCCCCCCCGGUUUAAGGGGGGAAACCUUGAAUAUCUUGACUGCAUUUUACCUGAUAUAUUUUUGAUAUUCCAACGCAUCUGAAAUAAAAAAAAAACUUAGAGGAGAAAAUGAGGCGGUGGACUCUAAAGCUGCGAGCACAAAUUGUGCUUUUUAUCUACUGCGUCUGUAUUGUUUGCCAGUGUGGACUAAUACGUGGCGAAAUUUGCCAGGACAAGGACAUUCGGAACAACGUAACCAACCUCCAGUCACUGGAGAACUGCACAAUCAUUGAGGGCUACCUGAAGAUCCUGCUCAUGUUUAACACCAAGACUGAUGACUUCCGCGGCCUCAGCUUCCCCAAACUCCGAGUGGUGACUGACUACCUGCUGGUGUUUAGGGUCUAUGGCCUUGAGAGCCUCAGUGAACUUUUCCCUAACCUGACGGUGAUCCGCGGCAACAACCUCUUUUUCAACUAUGCACUUGUGAUUUAUGAAAUGCUCCAGCUGAAGGAGGUGGGUCUUUACAGUCUCAUGAAUAUCACCAGGGGUGCUGUAAGGAUUGAGAAGAAUCCAGACCUGUGCUACCUAUCGACCCUGGACUGGUCCAAGAUUCUGGACUCAGUGGAAGACAACUACAUUGUGGCCAAUAAGAAUGAGCGGGAAUGCGGAGAUGUGUGUCCCGGCACGGCUCAGGGUCAGACCAUAUGCCCACAAAACACUAUCAACGGACACUUCAGGGGACGAUGCUGGUCGCAGAAUCACUGCCAGAGAAUGUGCUUGGACAACUGUAAGCAGAGUGCAUGUAGCCUCCAGGGUCAGUGCUGCCAUGAACAGUGCCUGGGUGGCUGCUCGGAGCCAGGCAGCACCAGUAGCUGUGUGGCCUGCAGGAACCUUCAGUAUGGGAACACCUGUGUGGAGAAAUGUCCUCCUGGGUUCUAUGUCUUCAGAGGCUGGCGUUGUGUUAGCUUCUCCUUCUGUCAGGACCUCCACAACCAGUGUAAACAAGCUAAGAAGCAGCCGACCCAGAACAGGAAGAGUAACUGCCAUGAAUAUGUCAUCCACAAUGGGGCCUGCAUUCCAGAGUGUCCUUCUGGAUACACCACUAUUAACUCCACUGCGUUAACCUGUUUGCCGUGUGCAGGUCUGUGCCCCAAACUGUGCGUGGGAAACCACACUAUUGACUCGGUAACUUCAGCCCAGGCUUUAAGAGGAUGCACAGUUCUUAAUGGCAACUUGAUCAUCAAAAUUAGAGGAGGGACUAACAUAGCAGCUGAGUUGGAGGCAUCCUUGGGCCAGCUUGAGGAGAUCACAGGUUACCUAACCAUUCGCAGAGCAUACGCCCUGGUCUCCCUCUCCUUCCUACGCAAGCUACGUGUCAUCAGAGGGGAGCAGCUUGAUGGAGACAAUGCAUAUGCUUUCUACGCACUGGACAACCAGAAUCUGCGCGAGCUGUGGGACUGGUCGAAGCAUAAUCUGACCAUCCUGCGUGGUCGCACCUUCUUCCACUACAAUUCCAAGCUCUGUAUGUCUGAGAUUCGAAAGAUGGAAGAGAUAACUGGAACCAAGGACCGUAACCAUGGGAAUGACAUUGUGGCACGCAACAAUGGAGACCAGGCCUCCUGUGAGACAAAAGAACUGAAUUUCACCUUCAUCAAGGUCUGGUCAGAAAUUAUUAUGUUGAAGUGGGAGUCCUUUUGGCCCUCAGACUACAGAGACCUGUUGGGCUUCAUGGUUCUCUACAAGGAAGCACCAUAUAAGAAUGUAACAGAGUUUGAUGGUCAGGAUGCUUGCGGGUCUAACAGCUGGGUGAUAGCUGAUGUGGAACCACCAUCUCGUGUCUCAGAGGGCAAGGAGAAGCAGGAGCCAGGGUAUCUGAUCCGACCACUGAAGCCUUGGACCCAGUAUGCCAUCAUGGUCAAAACGCAGCUGUCGGCCUCUGAUGAUCACCAGGUCCAUGGGGCCAAGAGCAAAAUAAUUUACGUCCGUACUGAAGCAGCCAAGCCUUCAAUACCUCUGGACCCCAUCUCCUCCUCCAACUCCUCCUCUCAGAUCAUCCUAAAGUGGAAACCUCCCACUAGUCCCAAUGGCAACAUCACGCACUAUCGAGUCAUCUGUCGUAAGCAGCCGGAGGACAGGGACCUGUACAACUUCGACUACUGCCUACAAGGUAUGAAGCUGCCAUCUCGUACACCAACCCACCUGGAUAGCGAAGAUGAACAGAAAUGGAACCAGACUGAUGAGCCGUCCGCAGGGGGCAAAUGUUGUGCCUGCCCCAAGACAGACAUCCAGCUUAAGAAGGAGCAGCAAGAGAUAGAGUACCGCAAGACCUUUGAGAACUACCUACACAAUGAAAUUUUUGAGAGCAGACCAUCUCGGCGACGGCGUUCAGUGGGAGUUGCCAAUGCCACUCAAAACACUCCCUUCCUCACUACAGCCCCCAGCCUCCCAUUUUUUUCCACCACAGCUUCACCUGAUGAUAAGGAUAAGGUGGAGCUUAAAGUGAUCUCAAAGGAGUCAGUGGUCAUCUCCAACCUGCACCAUUUUACCAGUUAUAAGAUCGAGAUAAUGGCCUGCAACCACCCGACAGAACUCAAACGCUGCAGCAUAGCUACUUACGUCAGUGCUCGCACAAUGCCUGAGGAGAAAGCAGAUGACAUCCCAGGCCGUGUGAGCCAUGAGAUGAUCCCGGGCGAGCCAAACUCUGUGUUUAUCAAAUGGAAGGUGCCUCACUCGCCUAACGGCCUCAUCAUCUUGUAUGAGGUGUUCUACAGGAAGGUUGGAGACACUGAGGUUCACACAGCUUGUGUCUCACGGCCCACUUACCUGAAGUUAGGUGGCACAAAGCUUUCACUGGUACACCCAGGAAACUACAGUGUGAGAAUCCGUGCCACCUCCUUGGCAGGAAAUGGCUCUUUCACUGGCACCACUUACUUCUUCAUGCCUGACAAGGAUUCCGGUGCAUUGAAGAUUGUGAUUGGACCAAUUAUUUGCUUCAUUUUGUUGCUGAUGGUGGGAGGUGUAGUGUUCACAGUCAUCAAGAAGAGACAGAGAGAAGGCCCAACAGGACCCCUUAUUGCCUCGUCAAAUCCAGAGUACCUCAGUGCUAACGAUGUGUAUGUUCCUGAUGAGUGGGAGGUUCCUCGGGAGAAGAUCGCAGUUCUCAGAGAGCUGGGUCAGGGAUCUUUUGGCAUGGUGUACGAGGGAAUUGCCAAGGACAUUGUCAAAGGAGACCCAGAAACACGUGUAGCCGUCAAGACGGUCAAUGAAUCAGCAAGCCUUCGAGAAAGAAUUGAGUUUCUCAAUGAAGCCUCAGUCAUGAAAGCCUUCAGCUGCCACCAUGUGGUGCGUCUGUUAGGUGUGGUGUCCAAGGGUCAACCCACCCUUGUUGUGAUGGAGCUAAUGACCCAUGGUGACCUGAAAAGCUACUUGCGUAGUCUCAGGCCAGACUCUGAGAACAACCCAUCAGCCCGUUCACCACCUACACUAAAGGAGAUGAUCCAGAUGGCAGCAGAAAUUGCAGAUGGCAUGGCCUACCUGAACGCCAAGAAGUUUGUCCACAGAGACCUGGCAGCCAGGAACUGCAUGGUUGCAGAAGAUUUUACAGUGAAGAUCGGAGAUUUUGGUAUGACACGAGAUAUCUAUGAGACGGACUACUACCGUAAGGGAGGGAAGGGUUUACUUCCUGUCAGGUGGAUGGCCCCUGAAUCUCUCAAGGACGGUGUUUUCACAGCUCAUUCUGACUGCUGGUCAUUUGGCGUUGUGUUGUGGGAGAUCAGUACACUAGCAGAGCAGCCCUACCAAGGUUUGUCCAACGAGCAGGUUCUCAAGUUUGUUAUGGAUGGAGGCUACUUGGACCGGCCAGAAAAUUGUCCUGAGAGAAUGCACAACCUAAUGCAGGCAUGCUGGCACUAUAACCCCAAGAUGCGGCCAAUGUUCCACGAGAUCAUUGAUAUGCUGCGGGAGGACCUGCAUCCAUCUUUCCAGGAGGUCUCUUUCUUCUACAGUGAGGAGAACAAAAUCCCUGAGACGGAGGAGUUUGAUCUGGACCUGGACAACAUGGAGAGCAUUCCCCUGGACCCUUCUUCAUACUCCCAGAGAGAGGAGAGCCUAAGCAGAGACAGCGGGCCCUCAGUGGCCCUCAGGGGGAACUAUGAGGAACAUGUCCCCUACACACACAUGAACGGUGGCAAGAAAAACGGACGAAUCUUAUCGCUGCCCAGAUCCAGCCCUUCCUAACAUUUCCUCUUUUAUAAAAGAACACCUUUGAUCGAUCUUCUCCCUUCCCCUCAGAAUCUCCUCCUUCAUUCUUUCUCUUCAUGCCCUAUAUUCUGUUUUUUUGUUUUGUUUUGUUUUUUGUUUUCCUUUCAUCAUUUUCCUUAUUGUUGCCAUCAUGCUAAUCUCCGAGAAUCACUUCUCGGAGGGAGGGGGGAAAAGCGCCCAUAGAUCUCAGGAUUUUUUAUUUUCUUCCUCAUGGCUGCCAAACAGGCAUGCAAGGAAAGCAAACACGGUGUAACACUUUGUACCUUUAUCCACAACACAACGGACCUUCUAUUACCACAUUAUUAUUAUUAUUAUUUUGAUUAUUUUU